UCUUGGUCUUGAGUUGUUUCCCACUCUCUCUCUCCCUCCCUCGCACUCCCAAUCUUUACUUUUUAGCUUCAUUUCAGGCAACCAAGCUGUCCCUUGUUGGAACCUCUGAAACACACACACUGUGUAUAUCCUCUAAUACUACGUGAACCCUAAUUCUUCCAUUCACAAGCAGCUUAAUGCUUCUCUUUCACCUAUGCUACUUUACUGAGGGUCUAAUCAAGAAACAUUAAUGGAGAUGAGUGGCGCAGAAAAAGAAACAAGAGAGCAAACUUCUUCACUCCCAUACAACAACCAUCACUUGGAACCCAUGGAACAUGGAUCCAACCCAGAUCGGUUUGACGGAUCUGGAGCUUCGGUUACACCGAUAUCAGUCGGAUCUAGGCUCUUAAACUCACCAAGGCUGGUAACAAGGUAUCGAGAGUGUUUGAAGAACCAUGCCGCCAACAUCGGCGGUAAUGUCACCGAUGGAUGCUGCGAGUUCAUGCCUUCAGGCAACGACGGAACCCUAGAAGCAUUCAAAUGUGCCGCUUGUAACUGUCACCGUAACUUCCACCGCAAAGAAACCGCCACGGUUAUCGCUUCAGCCGCACACUUUCUUCAGCUCCCUCCUACGUUACCCUCCCCUUCACCGUCGUUCAACUACCACCACCGCCACCACCACUACCAACAACCCAACUGGGCAUCCUCCGACGCUCCUGCGGCCGGAUCAACGGAUCCGCCACUGAAUGCAUCCCCGGUGAAAGUUGCCGUUGGGGGAAGUGGUGUGGCAACUGAAUCAUCUAGUGAGGAGCUGCAUUUCACGGUGGGGGCACCGACGUAUGGGGUGGCGAAAAAGAGGUUUAGAUCGAAAUUCACGCAGGAUCAAAAGGAGAAAAUGCUUGAAUUCGCAGAAAAAGUAGGGUGGAGGAUACCAAGAGAAGAUGAUCCAGAGGUCCAAAGAUUUUGCGCAGUGGUAGGAGUUAAACGACAAGUGCUCAAGGUCUGGAUGCAUAAUAAUAAAGCCAUUUCUGGGAAGAAGCAUGUUCAAGAUUCCAAUGAAACUAUCGAAUGAUUGCACUGUACAAUCCAGCUAUGCACUAGAUGUUGUAAUGCUAUCGUUUUCAUUGUCAUUUUUUGUUUUUGAUUUUUUUUUUUUGUCAUUAUUUGGGGAGUUCAGUUUGAAUUCUAGAAAUAUUUUGUUUAAUUAAUUGGUAAUUCAUGAGCAUGAUUUAUAUAAACAUGUACAAAAUUCUAUCUUGUAACGAUUUUUAUGAACUC